AUGAAUAAACAAGUGAAUGGAAAGGUGAGGAGCUUUUUCAGGCAGGUUGUUGAAAAGAAUAGGUGCAGAAAAGGAUGGUGGCCAAAUCAAAGAAAUAAGGAACGUUUGCACAACUCAUUAUACAGGAUGGUCUUGGUAAUCCGAAUCCAUUGUAAUCCAAAACCCCUGGUGAUCCGAACAAGAAAGAUGAAAAGUUGA